AGAGAGAGAGAGACAGAAAAUGUAUUGGUUGGAUCUGAAGAAUGGUAAUGGAUGACUGGUAUAAAAGGUGAAGUUUGUGAGCGAAUCAGCAAAUCGUCAUCUGACUUUGAAGAGACACACAUUUGAUCAACAUCAUUUCUUGCAGAACAUGGCUGACUAUGACCUGGUCCUGAAGUGCUGGGGUCCAGUAGAGGCGGACUUCACUAAAGCUGGAGGAUUGGUCCUCGCACGCUUGUUCAAGGAGCAUCCUGAUACCCAGAAGCUUUUUCCUAAAUUCGCUGGCAUUGCUGCGGGUGACCUGGCCGGCAGUGCAGCUGUCGCUGCCCACGGCGCCACUGUGCUGAAGAAACUGGGAGACCUGCUGAAAGCCAAAGGUGCCCACGGUGACAUCCUGAAGCCUAUGGCAACCACACAUGCCAACACCCACAAGAUUCCUCUGAAUAACUUCAAGCUGAUCACUGAGAUCAUUGCCAAAGUGAUGGGUGAGAUGGCUGGUCUGGAUGCUGGGGGCCAGGACGCUCUGAGGAAAAUCAUGGGUGUUGUCAUCAAUGACAUCGACGCCACCUACAAAGAGUUGGGCUUCGCUGGAUGAGACGUCUAGGCCACACAUCCAGGGCCCCUGAGACCAGAGGCUGUGAGACUGGGGUUAAUACAUGUGAUUGUAAAACAGAAUACUUUCUCAUUACAAUGAUUACAUAUCUUAAAUAAAACUGAUCAUCAUAAACACACAUAGUACUAACAACUUUGUCACUUUGGAGAAAAGUGUUUAUUAAGUAAACAGAAACAGAAACAGAAACAGAAACAUUAAUUCUGUGUCCAAAUGAUUUGGAGGUAGACAAAACAUAACCACAACUACUGAUAUUAAGUGCAUCACUUUUAACAUCAAUAUUCUGUCCAUUCAGAUGUUACUCUUUGCAAUCUAACAGUUGACAAGUCUGAACAAAGUCUAAAUAUGUUGUACUUAUACUUUUUCCAAAUAAACAUUUAAUCAGCAACUAUGAAAAA